AGACAAGAACCGUAAAAUCAAUAAAAAAAAAGAAACGAGAAAAUAUUCGUUGAUAUCGAACAGACGAAUUUGUUUGACGUGCUUAAAUCAUGACUGAAUACGCUCUCUCGCUUUAAAAGGAAAAAGGCGAAAUUUUUCGCUUUGUAUUUUUUUGUUGCCAGAGCAUAUUUGACGCCAGACUUAUGUACAUACAGCCCGACCGCGGAAGUGUAUUACAUCAGGGAGCAGCUCACUUUCUGAGUCGUACAAGUAUUUCGAAAGUUAUCAGCGGAGAGUGCAUAGUGGACUACUGUACCCUUCUUCUAAAGCUAGAGAGCAGACGAAGCGUCUAGCAACACUUCGUUCAAAAGAGUUGAUGACUCCGGUAAUAAUCACGUUUGCUGAGCCUGUCAAAGGAUUCGCAGUGAUAUGAGAAUGUGGACAGCAACAAGAAGUCCUUUGUUUUGAAAAGUUAUUCAACGACGCUAGUAAUCUAGUGACAACCGUUGUUCCCGUAUCUAGUGUGUCUGAAAUAACCGUCCUGGAAUUACACGUUGCUUCGGCAGCCACCGCAGACAAGUAGUCGAAUUACGUAAAAAAGAAGCCGGCGUAAAAAAAACAACAUCUGCUUUUAGUCGGAAUUGUCGGCAGAAUAUCUGACAUUGGAGUUUUAUAUGACUACGUCAUUAUCUAGUAUCUGGAGUUGUGACGGAAUUAUGAAUUUGUAAGCAAGCAUCCGUGACUAGCAUCGUCACAGAAAGUUCAUACGAACCUUUUGAGAAACGACUUAAAAGAGAUCAGCAAAGUUAUAAAGAGAAUAGGACGAAAUACCUUUGUCAGUCAUGCUACUCUAUCCAGUAAUCAGCACCGGCGGAACAAGGCAUACAAAGCAAAUGAACAUCGCUAUUUUACAUAUAUUUCUGUUACAAUACGCUGCAAGUAUUUCCGGGCAAGCUACAACAAAAACUUUUGUACGUGAGAGAAUUCAAGUAUUGCAGCCCCCUUCUCAAGAAUUCACACAAGAGGAAAUGCGGUAUAAAAUGAGAGAUAGCAUUUCCCAGUUUCUUCAACCUAACGUCAACCAAGACCAAGGGGCGACGACGUACCCUGUACAAGUUGAUACUCACGGUCGGUUUAUUACGAACAACGUAAAGUUUUCGUAUCCCAAGUUCAAAUCCCGGUCGAGGAAGAAAAGAAGUAUUUCGGAAGACGAUCACAUUUAUUUUAAAAUGAUGAUAGAAAACAAAGAAGUGUUGCUAAACCUCAGUCGUAAUCACAAUCUUGUUCAUUCCAAUUUCAUCGUCGAGAGACUGAGAGAUGAUGCAAGCAACGCGAAAAGGAAUCCGGGAGUGAAAAAUAAAUUCGAAUCUGCCCCACUACGGUCCUCUAUAAAACUGGGUAAUGGACGGCAGUGCUAUUUCAGGGGUCACGUUACUGGACACCCGAACUCACAAGUGGCGAUAUCAACCUGCAAUGGUUUGACCGGUUUUGUUCGACUAAAUAACACGGCCGAGUAUUUGAUCGAACCAACCGCAAUACACAGCUUGUCGAAGAACUCAAGAAUGCCGCAUCGGUUAUACAAGCGGGGUGCUGAACGAAGACAAGCUGCGGACUUCUUGCGAGCACGAAGGACUGACGAAGCCAAUGCGCGAUCAUCAUACACCAGGAGCGGGUUUCCAAAUAACCACCAAGAUUUCUGCGGCGUUGCAGACACCAAAAGCCAAUACAAGCGAGACCUUCGAGCGCGACAGAAAUGGGAGGAUCGAAGAAUUAAAAGAAAUCCUUUUCAAAGGAGCCGCCGGUCCAUAAGUCUUGAACAUUGGAUUGAAUUAAUGUUGGUUGUUGACAAUAAGAUGGUUCAUUACCAUGGAAAGAACAUUGAAACUUAUGUUCUUACCAUUGUGAACAUGGUGUCCGAACUUUUUCAUGACGUCAGCAUAGGGAAUUCCCUUCACGUCACGCUAAUCAGAUUAGUCUUGCUUGAAGGUGACGAGAAAGGUUUAAAAAUCACCCAACACGCUGAAAGGACAUUGGAUAGUUUCUGCAGGUGGGCAAAACGUAUGAACCCGAAGAGUGACAAUCACGCCAACCACCACGACGUAGCUGUCCUGCUAACAAGACGAAACAUCUGCAGUCGUUCGAACAAGUCUUGUGAAACUUUGGGCUUGGCUCACGUGGCUGGAAUGUGCCAAUCACAUCGUAGCUGUAACGUAAACCAAGACACCGGCCUUUCUCUCGCAUUUACCGUUGCUCACGAACUUGGGCACAAUUUUGCCAUGCACCACGACGGCCAGUUAAAUCAUUGCACACCGGACGAGGCAAACCCGCGAGUAAUGACCCCUCAUUUAACUUCCAACAAUCUCCCAAUGCGUUGGAGUACUUGCAGUAGGAAAUACAUCACCAGAUUUCUAGACCGAAACUGGGGGUUCUGCCUGAUGGAUACCCCGUCAUCGGAACUUACCCCGUUCCCCUACCCCUCUGAACUACCUGGGGUCUUGUACGAUGCAGACCACCAAUGCAGACUUAUGUUUGGUGCAAAGUCCCGACACUGCAAAGGGCUUGACGACAUGUGCAAUCGUCUGUGGUGUUUGUACCGAGGUUCAUGCAGGUCACGUCUACAUUCCGCUGUGCAAGGAACCAAAUGUGGUCGAGGCAGAUGGUGCUAUGGGGGCAAAUGUGUUCGCGUUGGUAAGCGAGCUGCGGCCUUUGAUGGAGCAUGGAGUGCGUGGACCACUUGGAGUAGAUGCUCAAGAUCGUGUGGGGUCGGAAUUACCUUUUCUGAGAGGCGAUGUGACCAACCUGAACCAAGGCAUGGCGGGAGGUAUUGUCUCGGUGAACGGAAGCGAUAUAGAACUUGCAACAAAUGGGCUUGUGAAGCGACAAACACGACGUCCACAUUCAGAGAACAACAGUGCGCCGACUUUAAUAAUGUUCUCUACAAGAAUAAAACAUACACUUGGCUGCCGGUGAACAGCGCAGUAUACCCGUGCGAACUACACUGCUACACCAGAGCGGGGAAAACUCCGUUUGCAGAUCGGUUGAGAGAUAAAGUGAUCGACGGAACAAAGUGCUACAAUCGUGGCAAAGACAUUUGCGUGGAUGGAAUUUGCAAAAGUUUGGGAUGUGACUUGAUGAUAGAUUCCCCCGCACAAGAGGAUAGAUGCGGGGUGUGCAGAGGUGAUGGUACAUCAUGCGAACCAGUGGACAAUAUAUUUGAUGUCAAACGAGGAGAGCAAUACGUCCAAGUUGGGAUUUUACCGAAAGGCGCUCGAAAUAUUGAAGUAUCUGAAGUUCUGCCGUCUAGAAAUUUCCUUGCCUUGAAAGGGCCUGGUGACAGCGACAAAUUUUAUCUUAACGGAGGUUAUAUGAUUCAGUGGAAUUCAAAUUUCGAGCUUGCGGGAAGCACAUUUUCGUACGAGCGUGUGAACACUACUCAAGAUAACAUUACCGCUCAAGGUCCCAUUACACAUGACAUUAUGAUAAUGAUUUUAUUUGUGGAAGAAAAUCCCGGGAUUCGUGUUUCUUACAUGAUGCCGUUCAAUGUAACUGCAGUGUUUGAAGAGGAGCGACCAAAGUUUGAGUGGAUGAUGCAAAAGUGGAGUUCAUGUUCCAGAACUUGUGGGAGAGGCAUUCAAUUGUCACUUGCUAUUUGUGUUGAAAGAAAAGCUGGUUUCGUUGAAGAAGAUUUCUGUGAUCCAAAUACUCGACCUGACGAUAACAGACGUUUCUGUAAUACCAGCGCUUGCCCACCAGAAUGGUUAACUGGACCUUGGCAAUCGUGUUCGGUUACUUGUGGUGGGCAGAGAAGUGGACGACAAAGUCGUAACGUGUUGUGUAUACAAAGUAUUAGCGAUGAUGAACAGGUUGUGCUUGAUUCAAGUCGGUGUGUGGCAUCAGCUAAACCGAUACCAAUACGGAAGUGUCCACCCGAUGCACAACAACCAUGCCCAGUAUGGCGAACGGGUCCAUGGAGCAAUUGUACCAAACCUUGCAAUCGAGGCCACAGAAGCAGAUCAGUUCUGUGUGUGACGUAUAUUAGGAAUGACGUCACCAGUGUGCCAAAUGACAUCAGUUCUAUAGAAGAAGAUCUAAUUGAGGUUGAUGAAUUGGACGGACAGCAUUUCGAUGUCGCAUUAGCAAUGGCAGCACACACAGCCGAGGUGACGGUGAAUAAAGUUAAAAUCAGAAAACGUCCGAAACAAAAGAACUUUGUUGAGAAUUACGACUUCGACAUUAACGACGAUGAUUUAUGCUACCACGAUGACAGGCCGACCUCGACGGAAAGAUGCAACCUGUUUCCAUGUCCCAGCUUGAAUAGCCUUUUUGAUCUUACUCCUGCGGGUUUGCUCAGUUCAAACAAUUCCGCGUUCGAUCCUUUGAUGUUGAUUAGAGCAAAUUCCCACCGACAGAGAACAGUUGAUUUAGACGGUAAUGACUUUGACAUCGAAGUGAGGCCUAACCAAGCCCAACCACCUCAAAUCCCCAUUCAACCUACUAACUCAACAUAUGACGUACUUGACCAAAUUUCCGGCUCUGGUGAAACACAAACCACAGAGCUGAACAAUUUUACUGUAAAUAUGGACACGAUCAGCAACACAACAUUCGAUAUUAGUGGCAGCGGUUCAAGUGAUAUUGAAAUGAGCGGGACGACGUAUUCAACUCAUACUUUAGAAGUUACUCCAGUAAACACAACGAACGUUCAUGUUACCACCCCACCGGAACCAACGGCACCAACCGUCCAAGCGAAGUGGUUGGCAGGCGUAUGGGGUCAGUGCUCGACGAGUUGUGGCAUGGGCGCACAGAUUCGUACAGUUGUGUGCAGUUCCGGCGGUGAAGAUUGUAAUGGUUUACCAAUGCCUGCCCCUGCACAAAGAUGUAAUGUAAGACCAUGCGCUAUGUGGGUACAAGGGGAAUGGUCUAAGUGUUCCCAAUCUUGUGGAGUUGGCACGAAGCAUCGCAAGCCGCAAUGUAGAGACGCGCAGACAAGCGAACUUCUUAGACCGUAUCAUUGCAACUCUGUACCAAGACUACCAUUAGUAAACAAAACAUGCGACAUGAACCGAUGUCUGCCUUGGAAGACAUCACGUUGGACAUCUUGUAAUGUGACCUGCGGGCCAGGUUACCAACGGAGGCGAACUGCCUGCUCUCGACCAGGAAUGUGCGACCCACGACAGAAACCCGUGCAGCUCAAAGCUUGUAUGCUGAAAGUGUGCGUCGAGUGGAGGACGUUGGAGUGGGAGAGGUGCUCUGUAAAUUGCGGCAAUGGAUUGAGGCACCGGCGUGUGGUGUGCGUCGAAAAGGAAUCGAGUAUCCCAAACGAUACUUGCAAUGUAAAACUGAAACCAAGAAUGCAUAAAAAAUGCUACAAAGGCCCAUGUCGGGUCACUGAUUUCGAUUUUACUUCGUGCUUGGGAGAUCGUCUGAAGACACAUUUCUGUGCAGUGUUAAAACAGUGGGGAAAAUGCGUACAGCCUUCAUUAGCAAUCCAGUGUUGUUCAACCUGCCAUACAUUCACAAGUCUGAGAACCAAAGGUCGACAAUCGGCCCAAUAAAGUAUAGAGCUUUGAUAAAAACCCACGCUUGAAAACCCGGUAUAACUUAAGAUGCGUCUAAAAUUGCAGUUCAGGCUGGCAGCUUAUCCCCACUGUGUUUCGUAUUUAAUACUCUAAUGGUUGAAUAUUUCGUAGUUCAACUUGUGCCGAUUCAA